AAUACUUAAAAAUGUUUACAUAUAGUUGUGAUAAUAUUUAUAUUGGAAUAUUUGAAUUAUUAAAAAAAAUAGAACAUCUGCUAAUAUGGAUUACAAAAACUUUAUGUUUUUGUUUUCAGAGCGGAGAAAUUAUUCAAAUUUCAUAAUGAGCCUUUACUGAAAAUAGAACUUCCUCCUAGUAAAUUCUUUCUAGAAUCUGCAUAUGAUUGUAAAAAAGAAAUGGAUCACUAUCGGAAUAAUGUAAAAAAUUCUUUGGAUUAUGUGAGAGUAGAAAGAAGGUGUGCUAGGAGCAAAGGAAUAUGGAUAGAAGAUAAAGGUUUAUGUAAACUAACAAAAGUUGUAGGUAAUAUAUUGAAAAACUUUGGCUUUCAGGAUAAAUCUGGUAUUUAUUUAUUGCCUGAAGAAACUUUAUUCUUGAUUGAACAGAAUAAAUUAGAAUUAACUUAUAAUACCAAGCAAGUUAGUAUUUAUGAUGUGUAUAAAAUAGUCUUUAAUCAUAUUACAUUGCAAAAGUAUAAAGUAUAUAAAAACCUGGUUGAGAAAGGUUUCAAGCUUCUCAAUAAAGAAGCUAUCAGAAAAUUUUAUUCUGGAGAGAAGAAAUGUAAUGGACAAGAGUCAAAAUAUCAUAAAAAGAGAAAAAAAGCUGAAGUAACAAGUGAAAUAGAAUUAGAUUGUGAAGUAAAAAGGAGAAGGAAAGACAAUGAAUGUCCAAAUAAUUUUGAAGUGGUACAAAAAAAUGAGGAACAGAACUUUGAUGAUUUAUUUGAGAAACUUAGGAAACAUGGCCCAAAGCUUGUUCUACCAUGCGAAUCAUCAAAACAACCCGAUUAUUUUGGGUUCUUGCCCACCCCUGGGUAUAAACAUAACCAUGAGUUUAAUUUGUACAUAAGAGAAAAAAUUGACUUGAUUGAUUUUGAGAACUACGAGCAUAUUCCUAAUAUAUAUGCUAUAUAUACAAAUGAUAAUGUUACAUUUUGCAGGUAUCCAAAUGUAAAUAUUCCAAUAAUAAAUUAACUGACUUGUACAUAA